AUGUCUAGUGAAAUACUUGACUACAAUGUAAAUGAUAUAGCUACUUUUCUACCGUUAAUGUUACAAGCUCAGGACCUUGUAACUAAAUUGGAGAGUAGGGUAAUUGAAUUGGAAAAUGACCUAGAGACGAUAAGUGGAGUUCAUGAACAAGAACGUGAACAUUUACUUGAAGAAAUUGGAGAAAAAGAUGAAUAUAUUUAUAAUCUUCAAACCAAAAUCAAUAGAUUUGAAUUUGGUACAAAAGAAACUAUAACUGUUUUAGCCAAAACUUUAGAAACCUUUAAAUCACGAAUUAAUAUUAACAACAACAAUAAUAUAAAUAAUGUUGAAGACGAUAGCUAUGGUGAUCGUGCUACUAAAACAAUUGAACAAACGGAUUUGGAAGAACAACAUCAUAAAAGACAAUCAUCAUCGUAUUCAAUCCGUAAAAGAAGAGAUUCAAAGGUUACAUUAAGUGAUGAUGAAAAAUUAGAUCAUAAAUUAAAUAUUGUUGGAUCGAAUGUCGUUACCAACAGGGCAUUAGUUGAUCAAAGUUUAAGAAGAGAAUCUAUUAUUAGCCAAAUUUCAUUGGAUGAUCUUGGUGGACUUGAUGAAUAUGAUUUAGAUGGUGAAGAAGAUAUAGCUGAAUUUAAUAUAUCUGAUGAGGAAGAUUCUAAUGUUCAAAGAGUACAAUGUCAUUCAUUAACAAUGACAUCAUCACCAUCACCAUCACCAAGGAACUCCUUUGAUGGGUCACGUGUCGAAAAAGAAAAAAGGAGACCAAAUCAAUUUAUUGAUGAUCGUGCAUAUCUUAAACGAGAUCUUUCUAAACUUGCAACUUCGCUUUCAAAAGAACAAACUAUUCGUAAACAAAUUCAAGCAAGUAGGAAAAAUUUAGAACAAGAAAUUGAUCGAUGGGUAAAUGUAAUGUUUGAAAAAGUCAAUCAUAUGGUAUCUGACGAAGCUAGGAUACGAGAAGAGCUUGGUUUGUUGAAUAGAGAAUAUGAUGGGAAAUUUGAAUCGUUGAUUAAAACAUCUGAUAUUAGGCAAGAACAGCUACGAGAAUUAAAAUCAUUAUUGAUUCAUAUUGAUUCUACUAAACAAAAACGAGUUGAUAAAAUUUCAGAAUUAUCAUCAGCCGAUAGUUUCAUGACCAAUGAAAUUAACAAAAAUGAUGAAUUUGGAGCAACAAAAGGCAAAAAUAUUUACAUCGAUGGAAUAGCAUUCGAAGAAUUUCAAGAAUUUAUUAAAUCAUUGAAGACAUCACCAACGUUUAAUAAUAAUGCACCUAAUGCUACGAGUGCAUUUAUGAAACGAUGUAUGACAGAAGACAUUCAACCUUGUCUUUUUGAAAAAAGUACUGGGUGGAAAUCACCAUUCUACAAAAAAAGGUUGAUAGAUGCCAUAAUAAAAAAUCAAUGUGAAAUUCAAAAAAUAUCAUCGAGUAAAUCAAUCUCUAGUCAAACCAGCAGUGAUAACUCUUUAGCAGCAACGGCAGCACCAAUAAUAGUAAAAUGUGGACUUUGUGGAAAGUUAAGAACUUGUGAAUUUGCUAUGAGAUUAUCAGGAUCAGAUGCAACCGUUCCAUCGUCAAUAAAUGCUAAUGGUGGAUGGAUUCUACUUGAUCGAUUUUGCAGAGAUCGUAUUGUAGCAGUAUGUGAUUUUUAUGGAUAUUUAUCACAUUUGCGGCAAGGAUUAUUUAAUAAUUCGCCUAUAUGGAAAAUGUAUAAACAGUGCUUGAAAUAUCGUAGGAAAAUGAGUUUAGCACGUGUUGGAAGUUCAAUUGAUUAA